AUGUUUUACUUAUUGAAUCAUUUCUGUUUUUUGCAGGAUAUUUUGGCAAUGAAUGUUGCUCGAACUCAGAUUGCAGUUCAGAGUCAGCAAGGAGGAAAGCACUUGCCAAUUCCAUCUUCGAACAAGUUCUUGCAGCCGAUUCAUCACUGUGACAUGGCUAUGAACGAACUCAUCGAAGAGAUACAAGUGAAUCCUUGGUCAACGGCAUCCGGUAAUCGUCCAUUACGAUGCACUGGCGCUGCCCUGGCAGUUGCUGUAACCCUUAUGGAGGUAUGUUUUCCUAACACCGGUGGUCGGAUAAUGCUUUUCGUCAGUGGCGCAGCGACUCAUGGUCCGGGAAUGGUAGUCGGGGAAGAGCUGAAGACACCAAUUCGUUCGUGGCAUGAUAUCAAAGAAGACAACGCUAAGUUCAUGAAGAAAGCGACGAAAUUCUACGACGAACUUGCAUCCAGGCUUGUGAAAAACAGUCACGCCCUCGACAUCUAUUCGUGUGCUCUUGAUCAGACAGGACUUCAUGAAAUGAAAAAUUUGGUUGCAAUGACCGGGGGACACAUGAUAAUGGCGGAUUCAUUCGAAUCUACGCUUUUCAAGGGUUCCUUCCAGCGGGUUCUGGAAAAGGACCGGAACGGUUUUUUGAACAUGGUUUUCAACGCUAUUCUUGAAAUCAAGACCUCCAAAGACAUACUGAUCGAGGGUGCACUUGGCUGUUGCGCUAAUAUGGGCGUUCGCAACCAUUGCGUUUCUGAAAAUGAACUAGGCAUCGGUGGCACGUGUCAGUGGAAGUUCUGUUCGUUGACGCCAAGUGCGACUGCUGGUUUCGUGUUUGAAGUGGCUAGUCAGCAUGGUACGGCUGUUCCUCAGGGCGGACGUUUGUAUGUGCAGUUCAUAACGCAGUACCAACAUUCUGCCGGCCAGAAAAGGAUUAGAGUCACCACGGCGUGCAGAUAUUUUGCCGACGCGGCGAUGCAGAUGCCACAGAUUUCAGCAAGCUUUGACCAAGAAGCGGCUGCAGUGAUUAUGGCAAGAUUGGCCAUCUGGAGGGCUAUUAACGAAAACGAUACCCCGGAUGCUCUUCGAUGGCUCGACAGGAACUUGAUACGAUUGUGUCAAAAAUUUGGUGAGUUCGUAAAGGAUGAUCCGAAUUCAUUCCGCAUCGCUGAACAGUUUUCUCUUUACCCACAAUUCAUGUUCCAUCUUCGUCGGUCGCAAUUUCUACAAGUAUUCAACAACAGUCCGGACGAAACGUCGUUCUACAGGCACGUGCUCAUGACACAGACAGUACUGGAAUGCAUAACGAUGAUCCAGCCCAUUUUAUUUUCGUAUUCUUUUAAUGGACCACCUGAACCAGUGCUGCUGGAUGCUUCAAGUAUAUUGCCAGAUCGAAUUCUUUUAAUGGAUGACUUCUUCCAUGUCCUAAUCUACCACGGAGCGACUAUUGCGCAGUGGUGUAAAAUGGGGUACCAAAACGAUCCGCAAUACCUGACGUUUAAACAGCUACUCGAAGCGCCAGUUGAAGACGCCAAGGCAAUUUUGCAGGAGCGUUUUCCUGUAUCGCGCUACAUCGAAACAGAGCACGAGGGUUCUCAGGUACGGCAGCGACGCAAAACGUCCUUUGAUUAUGAUUGCGAAUGUGUUAAGCGAAAUAUGAUUAGAAAAAAGAGGCAGUGCUUACUCAUUGUUACCCGUUAUGCUGCCUUCUGGCAUGCUGAUUUCAUUUUCAUGUUUAUUUAA